AUGGCGCCUUCGAGCCCGCCAUUGCCACAGUUCGAGGAGGUCAAAUUAGCCACUACUACCAUGUUGUGGCGGUUCUACCACCAAAGGCCUCGUACACCAAGAGCCAAAGCCAUCGCAUAUUCUGCGAUUGCCUUCUUCUUCUUUUUAUUCAUAAUUUCAUCAUCAAGGAGAAAUGAACCCGACUUCUGGGCCAAAUUCCCCUCCCUUCACCCCUUUCCAGAAUCCCCCGAGAAUGCGCAGGUUGCACUCCCUCAACGGACCGACAUCUUCAUGAACCAGACCCUUCCUCAUGACCUGGACAAACCCAACCCUCAACUCCAUGUCUUGGUACCAGCCCAACAGGGUUCGCGCGGCACAUGUCGAGCAUUGGCAUCAGCGAUGAUCCUAGGAUACCCACCACCAACCCUCGUCGGAUACGGACACGAAACGACCGGCGCGACGGACUUCGAGAAGACCGUGGACCGGAUGACCCGCAUACGCGAUUAUCUGAAGCAGAGCAAGGUAGUCCACGACCACGAUAUCGUUUUGAUGGUGGAUGCCGAUGAUGUUUUCUUCCAACUUCCACCUGAUAUUCUUGUGACACGGUUUCAAGACAUCCUGCGGAAGAACAAUCGCAAGUUACUCAAGAGGUACGGAGUCGGCACAGUGGAGUCAACAACUGAGGGCGCACCACCAGAUCUUGUACAGAAGUACUCGCAGCGUGUUCUCUUUGGCGCUAGCAAAAAGUGCUAUAGUUCUCUGGAAGAUGAUGCGGGGUGCAUUUCUGUGCCGCAGUCAACGCUUCCUCCAGAUGUGUUCGGCUGGAAGACAGAUAUCUAUCCCGAUGGACACCUGAAUAGGCCUCGAUGGUUGAAUCCUGGUGCUGUCAUUGGACAAGCGGCAGACUUGCGACUCAUAUAUGAUGAGGCUCUACGAAUUCUCGAGCAGCGUCGUAAGAAACACGGUGACUACCAGGCAUUGACGCAGAUGUAUGGACGACAAGAGGUUAUUCGUGAACUGGAACGACGUCGCACUGUGAAUGGUAUCACGGAAUGGUUUCAGGGACUCUUGGGUAUCAACGAGCCCUCCAAUAUCUCAACCAUCAGUCUUCGUCUUGAGACGGGUCGUCGGUACGAGUUCGGCAUCGGAGUCGAUUUUGAAUCGCAGCUCUUUUUCAACCAAAUCCUCGCUCGCGAUGAUGUCGAGUGGAUCAAGUUCAAUAACAUCACCAAGACAUCGAUUCUCCAGGCCCAAUAUGGUGUCCCUCGUGAACAUCGUCUUCUUCUCCCUAGUGACAUUGCCGCUCUCCCGAACCCAUACAACCAGAGUCGGUUCGCCAAAGACCAAACUACCCGCCCAGAAUGGGAUGCUAAGCUCGAUAAGCUGCCCAAUCCGGAGCAGCACUCAUGGCAUAAUGCACCUCUGAUGACCAACCCCCACUCCGCUACUGUCCCCGUCCUCGCGCAUCUGAAUGGAGAUGAGAAACUCCGAAAUGCCUGGUGGGAGAAGAUGUGGUUCUUCCCCUGGGCCCGUGCUCUUCUCCGUCGAUAUGUCCGUGUUGCCCACGGGUUUGACGCCGCACAGUCAGCGCUGCUAGGUGGUCAGAACUGGUGGGAUAUGCGUGGAGGACGAGGUGGAGUGUGGACAGACGAAGAGAACUGGGUCACACUAUCAGAAGUCUGCGAAGGCCAAGAGCGAGAUCUCUUCGAUGAUGACUUAGGACCUUGGGCCAAAGAGAAUGGAGAUCCAGAUGAACCUGUUUACAACAAGUUUGGAAACAUCAUUCACGGCAAAGAACCACCUGAGGCAGCCGAGGAUGUGGAAGAGUGGUAA